AUGCCUAAACGGUGUAAUCCCUAUGCAGAUGAUUUUAUACAACAAAGCAAAAUACAUGUAGGCCUAAAGCAAUUUAAUAACAAUGAAGACAAGCUAAAAAAAGUUUAUGAAAAGACCUUGCAACUUCUAUUCCAUGGUUCUAAAAAAAUAAGAUCCGAAGAUGUUAUGCAGAAUCCUGAUCUAAAACCAAUUGAAAAGAAAGAUGGAAUGAAGCAGUUAUUUAUAGGAAAAGAUGGAUCCCUAUUAUAUUCAGGAACUUUGACUAUAGACAAAAAUUUGACAAUUCAACACUGUGCAUGCAGUGGGCUCAAAUCAGACUGCUGUGCUUAUUGUGAAAUUGUCUUGUGUUCUUUUUGUCAGCAUCAAUGUAAAGUCUGUAAAUUGUCAUACUGCUCUAAAUGCUCUUUAAAUGGGUCUGAAGGAACAGAAAUAUGUGUGUCAUGUUAUAGU